AUGUUUGAUUCAUACGUUGGAUUAAAUGAUCUACCUGAUGAAAUUCUUAUAAUUAUUUUUCAAAAAUUGAACAAUACUGAAUUACUUUAUUCUUUACAAGGUGUCAAUAAACGACUAAAUAAAAUUAUUCAUGAUCCAAUAUUUACAACCCGUUUGGCUUUUGUUAAAUGGUUGUCACAUAAUUUUAUCGAUCUAUUUUCUUGUGAUAUAAUACGCGAUAAAUUUUGUUCAGAAAUUUUACCUGCAAUUCAUCAGAAUAUCAAAUGGCUAGAUCUUGCAUCACCAUCUAUGAAACAUGUUUUACAUACUGUUGAAUAUCCGAAUUUAGUUACUCUCGCUCUUUAUAAUAUCAAUGAAGAGUCAGCUCAAUCACUUUUUACUGAUAAAACUCUUUCAUCUGGUAUUUUUAAAAAUCAGAUAACAACACUCUUUCUUGCAAUUGAUGCUGAUGAUGACGAUUAUAACGCAAUGCUAUCGUCAGUGAACAAUAUCUAUAAUUGCAUUUUAACUGUUUUCCAUUGUCUAAUUACUUUAAUAUUAUUUGAAUCAUCAUAUAUAAAUUGUGUUCGAUUAAAUCUUGAUUGUCCACCUAUUUCUUUUCGUUCUUCAAUUCUUCGGAAAUUAAAUAUUAAAGUACAAUCUUUUGGUGAUUGUCUUUAUCUUCUUGAUGGUCGUUUUGAUCAACUUCACACAUUCAUUAUUGAUUUACUUCAUAUUCGUCCUUCGGAUGAGUUGAAAAAUCAGGGCGAUUUACCUAAUCUAAAGUGUUUGUCUCUUACCUGUUAUCACGGUACACUUCAUUACGAUGAAUUAGUUCUACCACUUUUGUACCGAAUGUCAAAUUUGGAACAGCUUGGUUUAUAUCUUGCAGUUUAUGGCAAAACAAUAUUUAUUGAUGGAAAUAAUUUGAAGAAAGAUAUUCUUAAUCGUCUAUUACGAUUAAAUCAAUUUACAUUUUAUAUUUCCUCGACGGUGUCUUUUUAUGAUGAAAUGAAUCUAUUAUCAACAGAAGAUAUUCAACGUACAUUCGUUGAUUUAGUAAAUAGUGAAGUCAUUUCUUAUGUUGAUCAUUUUGUCGAGUCAAAAGAAAAUCACUGUCACAUUUAUUCAUAUCCAUUUGUAAUGCAAUAUUUUGAUGAAAUUUCAAAUAAUUUUCCAGGUGGAUUGUUUAAUUAUGUUCGUGUGAUAUCAUUAUUUGAUGAAUACCCCUUCGAACAUGAAUUUUUUCUUCAAAUUCAGAAAUCAUUUCCAUUUGUGGAACAUAUAUUUUU